CUUGCAGUUGCAGUCUUGCGUCGGCCAAGCAUGAGCAACGCCAAGCGGCCCACGAUUGCGCCGACGCCCGCCGUGGGUCUCGACCACGUCCAGAUCACGAUCGUCAAGUGCUUGGAGACACCCGACGACGUCGUCGCCUUUCUCGACGCGCUCCCGCUGGGCGCAAUCUGCGGGCCGCUCGCCACGGUCUUGCGGCUCCUGCGCGCACCCAUCGACGACGCAAUCUACGUGGCGACCGUCACGCUCUUGCGGCUUUUGCGCCCACCUGGCGACGACAUGCGGGACGCUGGCGCCAAGGCGGCGGCUCUCGCCCGGCAGUGGUCGAGUUUUGUUGGUUUGGACCAUGUCCUCAUUGGCAUCCUCAAGUGGUUCAAGACGCCACAAGAGGUGCUUGCCUUCCUUGAAGGCAUCGACACGCCAACACUCGGCGCGCCGCUCGUUGCGCUCUUGCGGCUGCUGCGCGCUCCAUUGGACGUCGUGGUGAACGGUGGCUUUGUUUGGCCGGCUCUGAACGAGACGACGGCUCUGGACAAGAUGUGGCCCGUGUUGCAGCUGGACUAUGUUUAUCAGGCGUCCACCGGCCUCGUCAUCGACGCGCUGCCGGCGUUCCACGCCGUCGAGACCACACGUUUCGGCCCGUUCGAGUGGCUCGUCGAGACGUUCGGGCCCAAGCUGACGCACCUCCAGAUUGGCAUGUUCUUUCAGACGAUGUGGACGGCUUUUGCGCACUUUGACCGGGCCCCGGACGAAUGGACGGCGACCCUCGCGCAGUGGUUGCAGUCGGGCCACGCCACACGUCUGCGCUUCGAAAGCAAGGUGAAACACUUGCCAGACGGCAUCGUGCGUAUGCUUGCCGCCACGAGCUCGCUCUCGCAUCUGGACGUGAUUGCCGUCGACCAGGUCUUCGGUUCGCUUUGCGACGCCAGCGCCAUGCGUUUCAACAACCUUCAGACGAUGCGCGUCCGUGCUGAGACCGUGCUGACGUCGCUCACCAUCGCGUGCAAGGACGACAUCGACUUGCUCUUCGAGAUGCUCACGCGCUUCUCGGCCCUCCGCGUCCUCAAGCUUCUCGGGGCCGAGCUCUAUGACGUCCCACUUCCGCUACCGCCCAUGACGCAUCCGUUGGCGCUGACGUCGGUGACGCUCCAUAACGUCGAGCUCUCGGCCAAUGCUUUCCUCGUGCUCAAUGCGCAUUUUGCCAAAUCGCCGGAGCUCCAGCUACUGUCGUUUGAGGGCACCUCCUUUGCGCACGACGCUAGUUUGUGUUAUAUUGUCGCAUCG